AAACCCAAACCUCAAUCAUUCCCUCCAUCAUCACAAAGCUGAGUGCUUGAUUGGCUCCACAGACAGCCUCUGUAAAGAAAAGUUUGCAUUUUUUUCUGACCCAUUUCAACCAAAAAGCUCUGGUCUUUGAGAAACGGUUUUACUAAAUUGGAGACGAGAGUGUUGAAUGAUUGGUGAAUUUGUUGUUGAUCAUCAAUGGAGAAGAAGCGAUCACCAAGAAGUAGCAAGAGUCCUGGACCUGCAAUUUUCCCUAAAAGCCCUCUUGUCUACGAGAGUUAUAAGUCAGGUUGUGGUUGGAAACUGAUAAAGUUCUUCGAUUUCGGACAUGUCAAAUCUGGUAAUAAGAGACUUGGUUCAGAGAAGAAGAAAUUCAUCAGAGAUUCUGCUGGUAAUGUUUAUACUAAAAGCCAGCUUGAUUUGCUUAAGAAGCUUCACGAGAAGUGUCAGUGUAAUGAUCGGAUUGUGGAAGAAGAGAGUUCAUGUAAGCCUAAAACAAGGAGAAGAUCUUUGAGUUCUGAAAGAGAACUUGAGAAGUAUGAAUCUAAACCUGUUCAGGGAUUACUUGAGAGAGAGAUACGAAGGAUCAAGAAUCUAAAGGAUGAAACUUGCGAUGUCCCGGAUAAGCAAAAGCAAUCUUCUUUGAGUGAAAUUGAGAAGAGAAAUGAUAAGGAUAAUCAAAUAGAUCUGAAGAAUGGGGUAGAUUGUAAGAAGAGUGCAGAGAUUAACCUUCAAGCUUGUGUGAAUGAAGCUGCUGAAACAUUUAUUUGUUCGAAGGCAGAAGAGAAGGGGAAAGAUCGGUCUAAGCAGUUCAUGGAGGCGUUAGAUAUUCUAAGUUCGAACAAAGAAUUGUUCAUUACACUCUUACAAGAUCCUAAUUCAUUCUCGAAAAAAGGUCAAGACUUGGAAGGAUGUAAGGUAAAGGAACCGCGGGAUAACUCUCCAUCAAGGGAUGAUGAUUUGGAUAACAUUGUUCUCUUGAAGCCUAGAUUGUCAAGCUCGGUUGACGAUAAAGUGUACUUGAGAUUCAAACAUCUGGCCAAGAAGUUGAAGCUCGUUGUUGGAUCUAACAAAGAUAGCAAUCACGCAGAAAACAAACCUGAAGGUAGCGGUAAAGAUAGAGAAACCGAGGCUGCUGCUUUUAGAACAAGUGAUGUUUCUACAAGUACAUUUGGACAUAGAAGCCCGGAGUCACCGGUGUUUAGGCGCAAGAAACGGGUAGAAUCAGAUGUUUUCAAGCUAAGUAUCGAGAACGAUGUUUUGCCAAGGAGAUUCAUGGUAGAAAGGCAACAAGAGAGAUUAAAUUCUUCACCGGUUUAUGAGGUUCCUUAUGCAUUGAGUAGCUUGCAGACAAAGCUCAAAGAAAGAAGACAGAAGCUAGAGAAGAAGAGAGAGAGCUUCAAGUUGUGGUCUUUGGACAAAAACUUCGAGGUUUUUGACCCGAAUCCGUACAAUUCUAAUCUAAGGUCUCUCGGCGGCAAUUGUACAGGUUCUGCUGAGUACAAAAGUCUGAGAACUCAUGUAGAAGACGGAUUCGUGGAGGAUAGAUGUCUCGAGAGCUCAUUAGCAGAGUCGAAUUCGAGCCUAGAAAGACAAGACUGCAACAUUCAUGACCCGAAACAGGAGCAGGAACAACCGAGUCCUGUCUCUGUUCUUGAGAGGAUUCAUUUGGAAGAAGAACUAGUCAUCCCCGGAAAUGUGAAAAUUUCUAACCUUGAAGAGAAGAUUGGAGUAUCCUUUGAUGAUCCCAACAUUGAUCUUGUCGAAAAAGAAUCUGUUCAUGAGUUUGUGAAGAAAGUUCUUGAAGCCUCAAGAUUGAAUUGGACUAAUCUUAUGACAAGGUGCAACGAAGAAACAUCACUACUGGAUGAAUUCUCACACGGUAAUCACAACGACCAGCUUCUUCUUGUUCUUGAUUACACCGACGAGAUUCUCCGCGAGAUUUACCGUCAAGACAUCAAGUUUUGGCCUUUCUCGCCAUCGAAGAGCUCGAGAGUCGUCAAUCUACAAUCAUCCCUUAGAGAAAAAGAUCUGAUUCACGAGACGAUGAGACAUUUUGACUGGAGUUUACUCUGCUCUGACUCUACUACAAGAUCAUUGGAUCAGAUCAUUGAAACUGAUAUAAUAAAGCCAUGUCUUUGGUUGGAUUUUGGUGGUGAAUCUGAAGGUGUUGUGUCUGAUAUUGUGGAAAAGAUUCAGCAACAAUUGGUGCUUGAGAUCUCUCAUGAGCUAAGAACAAUGCAGAGGAGCAUAUUAUGUCGAUUAAUCUGAAUUUCUUCGGAUAUAUUCCAACAUUUUUUUGUCUGUAUAAAAAAGUUUAAAAUUUGAGAAUCUUCUCUUCAUUAUUAGUUAUCUAAAUUUAAAAAGAUUCGAUCUUUUGAUUCGAAAUUGGGAUGGUUCUAGUAAAAAGCUUCUGUUUCA